AUGAAGAUUCUCCCGCUGAUACUUUCGAUCAGUUUUGCUUUUGAUCCAUCUGCAUGCUUUGUGAACGAGCAGAGUUUUAACCGAUGGAGUCAAAAUUGCAUAAAUGAUGCAGUUUUGAUUUUUUCGACGAUUAAUCCAACUCAAAACAACUACAUGAUGGCUCGAUCGGUUCAAAAAGGACUCCACGAUCAAUUCGUCAAAAGCGGCCUUCUUUCGUAUUCAUUCACUUGCGCUGUUUUUAACGACCCGGACGAGUUCGAAAUCAUCGGCGAAGGAUGGAAAGUUCCCAUCACUCCGGACAUUAAUGGUCGACCAAGAGCUGCUGCUUGCGUCAAGAUCGCCAAGGAGUCGAAUUCAAGCAUUUAUAAAGCUACGAGAUGGACGCUGAUGCCGAAUUUCGAUCUUUGCCAGUUUAGAGAAAAUGCUUCAACAUGCAAAAAACACAUGGAAAAAGGACUGGAACAAGCUUGUUCUUGCGGCAAUACUGCCGCGCUGAUAAUGAGACGAGGCAGCUCAACAUUCGGAACUCAGUAUUUCUUGCAGUAUCGAUCGCGCCGCUGGGAUAUCGCCGCUUUCUGCACUGGAAUAAAUUGUUAA